AUGUCUGAAGUGUGCAUCCAAACUCCCUUUUCGCGCGACCCAGCUCAGCGGUUGCGCCAGAGGCCAAAGCAUCGCAACCACAACCACAAGAACAUCCAAAAGGCCCAAUCUGAACAGCCCCAAACCCUCAAAUCCUCCUCCAUCUUUCUCGACCACCUCUUCGCCCUCCCAGGGGAACUCCGCCUAGAAAUCCACCGCCAAAUCCUCGUCCGGCCAUGCAAAUACAACCUCCGCCACAAGCACACCUGCGACGGCCACGCCUUCAUCACCCACCACUCACGCACAUUCCACAAAACACAAACAGUCCUGCGCUGCGCAAACUGCCGCCCAAUCCCCGGCCACAGCCACAUGGAACAAACAUCCGACAGCACCGCGCGCAGCCAGUGGGCACGCCCCAAGACAAACCCUUACUUCUGCGACGAGUGCUACCCAGACAUGCAGUCGCGGUUUGGACACCAGCGGAGUCCCGUUCUCAGGGGUGUGCAUUGUCUCUGUGCGCGCCAUGACGGGCUCGGGUGGUUACUAGUCAACCGAAGGAUAUAUGAAGAGGCGGCGCCCGUUUUCUGGAAGGAGAAUACCUUUUCCUUUGAGGGGGCGCGGGUGCUAUCUGAGUUUCUGGAGGAGAUUCCUAGUGAGAAGCGCGCGAUGAUUCGGUCCAUUAGCUUUCGCGCGCCCGUAGCUACCUUUAUGGAUAUUGGGGAGCUGGGUCCGUGCUGGGCGCUUCUGCAGGGUUGUACGGGGCUGAGGGAGUUGGAGCUGGAUUCGAAGUUUCUGAACCAUUUUGAUUCGGUGCGGGCGUUGAACAGGCUUUGCAUUCCUGGUGUCAGGGUACGCUUUGUCCAGAUUGGGCCAGCGGAUAAUUAUAGGGAUCAGAUUCGGUUACGGUGUAUUUGGCCGCUGGCUUCGAAUCUGGAUGCAUAUUCAGACGAACUGGGGGAUGCGCUGGUGGCCAGUAUUCAGGGAGAGGUUUCUGAUGAGAGAUACCUUCGACGAUUGUUCGAUGAACGCAUCGGGAUCUUGGGAUUUGCUGUGGUGAUUAGAUGA